GCCGCCUACCUUUCUUUAUCUUGCUUCGAGAUUCGAGAAGGCUUCGAUCCUAUCUCUUCAUCUCAUACAAGGAGUUCCACGAGUGCGCGCAAUGCAUGAGUAUUUGAUAUUUCAAGAAGUGCGGUAAAGGUCUGAUCCGAUUGCGCAUGCCCCAGGGAUGGAUAGAUUCGUGACUCUGAGGUGAUUGCCAGUGGUGAGCGAAUUGGAAACUAUAUGAGAUGGGCAGGGCAGUUGUUUGAUCGUAAAAUAGCUUACUAAGUAGCUCAGUGCUUGGACUCCGAUCAUGGCACCAAAAGAAACACCACUUCCUCUUCACGACACCCUACGAGACCUUGCUCUUCUACGGGCUUCUUGUGUUGACCUUUCUGGUCUGAUUGCUGAUGAUACGACAUCCUCACAGGCUUCGAGAGAGGUCGAAGAGGUUGAAGAGUCCACAAUACAAUCAUACGCGUUCGUGCGAGAAGCGCGGACGGCGUUGAGAUUGCACAAUUCAGGAGAGGCGCAAAAGCAGGCGACAAGGAUCGAGAAGGUGCAAGUGGAGCUGGUAGAUGUGCUGAGAAGUUUGUCGGAUUGAGGUAUGUAAUAUUUAUAUCGGCCUAAGUCCGAGUCAACUAGUAUCUUUACUGAUUUUGUCUGCAGGAUGUCCAUGAACUUUAGAUAACGCAUACCUCGUAAUGUUAUUUCUUGCCACUGCCU